AUGUCCACCCCAGCACGCUACUACGCUAAGCCCAGCGAGGCCGUCACCUUCGCCAAGACUCUUCUGGUGAAGUCCGGUCUUACUGAGGAUGAUGCGACUCUCAUGGCUGAAUGUCUAGUACAGGCUGACACCCGCGGUGUUGAUACCCACGGACUGGCGAGACUUCAGCAGUACAUUGAGAGAGUUCAGAGCGGCCUUGUGAACGCCAAGACCAACAUUCAGAUUACCGAAAAGACACCAGUCGCUGCACACGCCGAUGGAGACAAUGGUUUUGGCUUCAUCGUUGCCUCCAAGGCCAUGAAGGAUGCGAUCCGUCGUGCAGAGACUUACGGUAUCGGAAUUGUCACUGCGGAACACUCCAACCACUUCGGCAUGGGUGCCACCUACGUCCUACAGGCCCUUGACGCUGGCAUGAUCUCUCUUGUCUUUACAAACUCGGCCAAACAGAUGCCUCCGUUCGGUGGCAAGGAGACUCUGCUCGGUAUCUCUCCUUUUGCCGCGGGUGCUCCCAGCAAGAACGAGGUCCCCUACAUCCUCGACAUGGCUCCCUCCGUCGUCGCAAAGGGCAAGAUCCGCAAGGCCGCCCGCAGAGGGGAGAAGAUUCCCCUUGGAUGGGCGUAUGACAAGGAUGGAAAGCCCACCGAGGACGCGAACGAGGCUUUGAACGGCUCCAUGGCUCCUAUUGGUGGCCCCAAGGGAUCUGGAAUUGCCAUUCUGAUGGAUAUCAUGUCCGGAGUCUUGUCCGGUGCUGCUUUUGGUGGCGAGGUUGGUGACCAGUACAAGGAGGCUCGUCCUCAGAAUGUUGGACACUGCUUCAUCGCCAUCAAGCCCGACAUUUUUAUGUCCUCCGAGCAGUUCCGCGCCAGGAUGGACACCCUCGUUCAGCGCGUGCAUGGUGUUACGCCCGCCGAUGGCUUCAAGGAGGUCCUCUUUCCCGGCGAACCUGAGUACCGCCUGGCUGAGGAGCGCAAGGUGCAGGGUCUGCCAUUUGCUGAUGCUGAGAAGAAGAUGUUUGAGGACUUGGCAUCCAAGUAUGGUGUACCAGGGCUUGAGCUGUCUACGACGCCUCUGGCUUGA